AUGAAUCGCCAUCAUCCAGGACGAUACGAUGCCGAACGAUCUCAAAUCCAAAGGUCCAUACAGUCAAUCGAAAAUAUCUAUGGGAGUGAAGUACCGACGACAGGAGGGUAUAUCAAGUUUCAACAAGAUGGUUUGACUACUGAGAUCAAGGCUAGGGAAGGCAAAGAAAGUACUUGGAUGAUGAGUAUGAUGACUGCUAGAGGAGCGCCAUUCUCCGGGAAGGCAUUUGUGCCUGAUCUUGUGAGACCACUUGCUAUACUGCAUGAUAAAUACGAAAUACUAAGUAUUCAAGCUUCUUCGGGUAAAUCACCUUCCCUACAAUUCGGAUAUGGACCAAGACCCCCACCCUUACCCUCAAGCUCAGGUAAUUCUAUUGGUGCAUUCAUUGGUGGUCUACACGAGAAUACAAUGAACGAUCCUCAAUGGUCUAAAAUCCUCAACAAAGCUUUCAAAGCUCAACGUGACACUUUGUCUUCUGCGACCUUUGAUGGUCUAGAUGGACUGACAUAUGUGGCGGAUGGGUUCGAAGUCAAGGUAUCUGAAGCUAAUCCAGAUGAGAGGGAAGACUGUGGAAUUAAAUAUAAGGUUGAAUUUACGCCUUAUGAGAGUGAAUCACAAGCCCGAGGGGAUUGA